AUGGACACUGUGGAGAAAAUCAUUCUUUUCUGCUUUCUCUUACAAGACUCUCCCCCCAAACCCACAGUGCAGCUGUAUGUGGAGCAGAAGGAGGUGCAGGAUCAGAAGGAGGUACAGGAUCAGGAGGAGGUACAGGAUCAAGAGGAGGUACAGGAUCAGGAGGAGGUGUUGGAGGUGUUGGAGGGGAGCUCUGUGAGUCUGCGCUGCUCUGCUGAGACUCUCUGCUCCCCUUCUCCACCAACUCUCACAUGGAGCUCCACUCCCAGAAUCCCCCUCAGUGAGAGCAGCAGUCGAGAGGAGCUCAUCUCUGAUCUGAACUUCAAUGCUACUCACCGUCAGCACAGAGUCACUUUCACCUGCACUAUAACCUACCAGCUACAGGACCAAAACAAAACAGCACAGGACAGCAUCACAGUACAUGUUCAGUAUGUCCCUAAAAUCUCUCCAUCCUCCAGCUGUAACAAGACUGAUGUAACUGUAUGUUUCUGUGAGGCUGAUGGGAAUCCCUCUCCUGAACUGGAGUGGCAUCUGUCUGGACGUCCUGUCACUAACUCUUUAAACACGUUCAUCAGUGAAGAGCGAUUGAGCAGCACAGGCUUGAGGAGCUCCAUCUCUCUUCAUCAGUCUCUCACAAACACAUCCACUCUGCAGUGUGUCAGCAGAAACUCUCAUGGCACUGCAAGUCAACUCUUUCAACUGCCUUCAUCUGUUGCAUGCUUGAGUCAUCUCUCUGUGCUGAUUGGAGCGGCUGUUGUUGUGGCUUUGGUGGUCAUAAUGAUGUUUGUCAUCAUAUAUACAUGUGUACGAUUGUCCACUAUGCAAAAGGCUCAGAAUGAGGCAGCGGACACAUAUGCGUCUCUUCAGCUCUCUGCUCCACCCUCUGAAUAUGAGACUUUGAACAUUAAGAGAAGUGACACACAAUAAUCAACAAACACUCAUCUGAUUUCCUCCUUUGUCUUCUUCAGUCAGCUGUACUUUCAAGUUUCUAAAAUACUUAUAUUUCCACAUGAAAGAUUCAUAAAAACAAAAGAAAUCUUUACAUGUGUAUGUUAUGUCUUAAUAUGUUAUACAGGCAUGAAGAUUAAGAAAUACUGGCAGAAAUGUAUAAAUGUAAUUACUUUGCAAAUGUCAUUAUAUAUAUAUUUGAAUGGAUUUUACAACUUUUUGUAUGUGCAUGCAUUCUAGUUAUUGUUUAAUAUAAUAUAAUGUAACUGUUUUAUGGACUGU